CGGGGACGACUUUUGGAUCGAUUGCUUCAGUGCCACUUACGGAGGUACCUAACACAGCUUGUCGCUGCAGAAGGAGAAUUUGCCCAGGCCAACCAUGAUUUAUCCAGCUGUGUACAUCCGUAGGUGCAGCCAUCACACACCCAAGAUAGGAUGGUAGUCUGCAGUGGCUGGCUUUCCAAUGACGGCGUUGGACAAUGUCUCUGGACAGAACAGCGUCAACUAGAUCAAAAGAGCCCACACGUAUGUAACGCGUAAAUCGUGGGGCUCCUGGGAAGAACCCACCGGAAACAUGCAUGUUCCUGGUGGAAGAUGGGUCCCCGAGAUGCUGUUGGUGGUCCCGCUUUCUGGCUGUCUGGUGUGCAUGCGAUCGGCAAGCGUGGUCUGUUUCGGGCAGAUUGGAGUGAACAUGGAUGCUUCUCAUCCCCAGACCCUCCAUGAGUCCACCUCGAAAGUGCCUCGUGUUGGGAGGAUGCCGCCCGAAUGGAAGAGAUUAAAGUGCGUGCAGAGUGGAUGUGCCUGCUGUUGGAGCUACAGCUUGGCUGGAGUUGUUUUCUUUGACGGCUUAGCAUAAUUAUUAAGAGCCACACACACUCUGGACGGUCUAACGUUAACCACCUGGGCAGCUUUCAAACCGUG